AUGGCCGGUUCACUCCGCCUGGCCAUCCUGGUGAUGGCUUCAAUGGUGAUAGCAGCGGCCGAGGUGUCAACUUCCAGGAGUCCAGAGCGACUCUGGGCUAAGCCUACUAAGAAGCCCCCUCAAAACGGGGAACCUACUUCCUCGUCGCCUACCCGCCUGGGCGUCCGCUUCACCACCACCAUGGCUCCUAUCCCUUCCAGCAGUGCCAUGCCUUAUGAGACCACAGAGUCCAUCACGGAUUCAUACUCGUCAUCCACCGAGAGCAGCACCUACUCCAGUGAGGCAUAUUCACCUGACUACCACACGGAGGCCAUGUUGCCACCCGGAAUGGGUCCCCGGAACUACACUCUGGACUACAACGAGUGCUUCUUCAACUUCUGUGAGUGCUGUCCACCAGAGAGGGGCCCUCCAGGACCCAUCGGAGAGAAGGGGUCGCCAGGUGUUCUUGGGCAGAAGGGAGAGAUGGGACCUCAGGGAGCAACAGGACCAGCAGGACCUCCUGGAACUCCAGGACAACAGGGAGAAAAGGGAGAUCCGGGACAAGCGGGAGAGAAAGGGAUUCCAGGAAUACCAGGUUCUAAUGGCAAACCGGGAGAUAAAGGUGAACCAGGUCUUAAAGGAGACAAAGGCGAUAUUGGUUCGCCUGGAUUGAAAGGUGAACUAGGGAACAAAGGGGAACCUGGACAAAAUGGGAGCAAGGGAGAAAAGGGUGAAAUGGGCCUUCAAGGACCUAUGGGACUUGCUGGACGAGAUGGAAUGAAGGGGCUAAAGGGUGAAAAGGGAGAAAUGGUAGAACGAGCUAUGAUGGAUAAGGGGGAAAAAGGUAGCAAAGGUGAACCUGGGCCUCCAGGACCUAAGGGAGACCUGGGCAAGCCAGGACUUAACGGCACAGAUGGACCUCCUGGAGCAAUGGGCCAAAAGGGAGAUACAGGCUCUCCAGGUCCACAGGGAGAGCCGGGUAAAAGAGGGCCACCUGGACCACAAGGGCAAAGAGGGAUGCACGGGAUGAAAGGAAUGCGAGGUAUGAAAGGGGUACGUGGCCAAAGAGGAAUGAAGGGCUCAAAAGGAGAACCAUUUAUUCAAAAGCGCUCAGCUUUUAGCGUAGGACUCUUCCCUAGCAGGUCCUUCCCCCCUCCUGGCCACCCAGUCAAAUUUGACAAAGUCAUCUACAAUGAGGAGGGACAUUGGGACCCCUACAUCAGCAAGUUCAAUUGCACGUAUGGAGGCGUCUACGUGUUUUCCUACUACAUCACUGUCCGCAGUCGUCCUUUACGGGCCGCUCUGGUAGUAAACGGAGUCCGUAAACUGCGCACUCGUGACUCACUCUAUGGCCAGGACAUCGACCAGGCCUCCAACAUGGCCCUGAUCCGACUGUCAGCCGGUGAUCAGGUGUGGCUGGAGACACUGCGGGACUGGAAUGGAAUUUACUCCAGCAGUGAAGAUGACAGUACCUUUUCUGGCUUUCUGCUCUUUGCUGAUGCCACUAAGGAAUGA